CAAUAAAAGAAUGUCAGAAGCACCAACACAGGAGCGCAAAUCAAAUCCUUUUAAAGCUUUUCUCAGCGGCGGUUUUGGUGGCAUUUGCAAUGUACUCACAGGGCAUCCAUUGGACACCAUUAAGGUGCGUCUCCAAACCAUGCCACGUCCUGCGCCUGGCCAGCAACCUCUGUACAAAGGUACCUUUGACUGUGCUGCUAAAACGAUAAAAAAUGAAGGUGUAAAAGGGCUUUACAAAGGCAUGUCGGCGCCACUUACUGGUGUUGCGCCAAUAUUUGCAUUAUGCUUUGCUGGCUAUUCGCUGGGCAAACGCGUUCAGCAAACUGGAGAAAAUACAAAAUUGAAUUAUACGCAAAUCGCAAUUGCUGGCUCAUUCUCUGGCCUAUUGUCCACGGUUAUCACAGCGCCCGGUGAGCGUAUAAAAUGUUUGCUGCAAGUGCAACAGGCGUCUGGUGGCGAACGAAAAUACAAGGGCAUGCUGGAUACAGCCGUCCAGCUGUACAAGGAAGGCGGUAUACGUAGUGUUUAUAAAGGCAGCUGUGCGACGCUGCUGCGAGAUGUGCCAGCAAAUGCUGUAUAUUUUGCAACCUAUGAAGCAUUACAAGAUUUAAUCAAGCAAAAAUUACCAGAUUUGCACAUGGAAGUGUUGACAGCCAUAUUUGCUGGUGGCAUGGCUGGCAUAACAUAUUGGAUAGUUGGUAUGCCGCCUGAUGUACUCAAGAGUCGUUUGCAGACAGCCCCUUCCGAUAAGUACAAGCAUGGCGUACGUAGUGUUUUUAUAGAAUUAAUCCGCACCGAUGGUCCAAUGGCGCUCUAUCGCGGCGUUUCACCGGUUAUGAUACGCGCUUUUCCAGCAAAUGCUGCUUGUUUCUUCGGCAUUGAAUUAGCAAAUGCUUUCUUUAAAUUAGUGGCGCCGGAUUUUUAGGUUCAAUUCCGUUAGCGAAAAAGCUUAACAAACGAAACAGAUUCAAAAAGAGCAAGCAAAUGGCGAGUAUGAUUUUCUCUUUGCGCGGCAGCAUUAAUUCGCUACAUGUAACUGUUAACAUAAAUGUACAUAAGCGGCAAUUAAUUUAUUGUAAAAACAAAGCACUACAAUAAAAAAGUAAAACUCACCUUAAAUGCUUCUUUUUAUCAAAGUUUUUUAUUUGAUUUUUAAUAUUUGUAAAACGUAGUCCCUCUUCUGGCCUUGAGCGCAGUUUUUUAGCUUAUAAACUGCAGUUUAGUUCUAAAGCGUUUGGUCGAUUUUAAAAUAUUUUUAUUAUUUUUAGGUUAAUUUUUGUAGUUAUUAGAUAAUUUUAUCACUGUUACUUUUCGCAAUAAAAAUUUUUAUUUUUAUUAAGUAGACAACUUUGUUAUAAAUUAA